UUUAAUUGUGUUCAAACCAUCGUCACGAGCAGACGUGCUGUUGAUCGAGUGAAUAAUAUUUUUUUUCUGGUGCGGGUGCUUUUCCGUUUGUUUCCUUUGAUCCCAUACCAUUUUUGCAAUUAGUUUUCACACAUUUUCGCCCUCGAUAUCGUUGUUAACAGAGGUGAACGGCGUUUUGUUGGGCUCGAAUGUUUCGAAUCAUUGUUGUUCCUUCGCGAAAUAAGUUUAAUCGCUGAUUCGGAUCGUGUUCCAUAAUUUCUCGCCUGGAGUUGCAUUGAGUUGAGUUUAUUGGCCGGAUUAAGGUGUUAACAUUGUUUCAAGUGUAGUGGGUCAGCUUGUGUGUUUAGAAACAGCUUUUAACGUACCGUUUUUUAAGUGCUGCCGCUGGUCAGUUGGUGGCGAUUUCGCAAUUGCGUUCUUUGCUCGGUAACGGAGUGCCAGAGUAUACGGAGGUGAAAUACUGAGUGUGUGGAUCUGGUGCAAAGUGAAAACAUAAUUGAGAAAGUCUCGAGUUUUCGCAUUGUGUGUGAAGGCCUUUUUGAGUGGAAUAUCGGUGCAAAAGUGUACGAGAAUUUACCGCUGGAGGAAAGUGGAAAAAUAGCUACACACGAGUGCUGUUAUUGAGCUGUCAACAUGAAUAAGUCCUGCGCCCGGUGCCAGAAGGUGGUUUAUCCCAUCGAGGAGUUGAAGUGCUUGGAUAAGACGUGGCAUAAAACCUGCUUCAGAUGUCACGAGUGUGGAAUGACUCUGAAUAUGAAAACAUACAAAGGAUUUAACAAACUUCCAUACUGCGAAGCGCACAUCCCAAAAGCCAAAGCCACCACAAUUGCGGAAACGCCGGAACUAAAGCGGAUAGCGGAAAAUACCAAAAUUCAGUCAAACGUCCAAUACCACGCCGACUUCGAGAAGCUGAAAGGGAAAGUCACACAGGUCGCCGACGACCCCGAAACACUGCGGAUCAAGCAAAACACGAAAAACAUCUCCAAUGUUGCCUACCACGGUGACUUACAGAAGAAAGCUGCCAUGGAAAGACAAAGAGAAUGCACGGAAAUCAUCGAUAGUAAAGAUAAUAACGAGCUGGAAUCGGAAUAUUUUUCCGAGCAAUUGGCGGCUGAGUCGCUGCCACACUAUCAACCACCUCCACCACCAUCCGUGGUAGCACCUGCAUCACACUCACUGUCACAGGCGUCGGCAACCGGUUCCACUUCAUCAUUGUCCUCCAUGGGACCGAGCGCAACGGCUCCAACGAACCCAACGGCAGCUGUUUCCCAGCAGGCUCAAAUCACGCCGACUUCAACGCUCACCAAGCACAACCUGAGCAAUCUGAAUCAGAACCAGAACAACUACCAAUCAUCACAAGGUGGCGGCUAUCCAACCAACAAUAACUACAGCAAAUCGGCCUACGGUAAUGUGCAGACUCCUCAGCAGGCCUACCAACAGCAGUCGCAAGUACAGCAGCAAUCGAACCACUACCAUCACAAUAGCAAUAGUAGCAGUAAUAGUAGCACCAACGCCACCGAGGUAGUGCGUCAAACUGUUCUGCAGAGUUCCCAGACACCGUCUGGGAGUGUGAUCAACAACCAGAAAUACUAUGAUCCGUAUGAUAACUAUGCUAGGCCUAACCCAAACGCUGCGAUGGUGAACAACAACAACAACUACAACAGCCACUAUCACCACAACAACCAGCAGGCCGGAGUUGGUGGUGGUGGCGGAGGCGGCAAUGAACGAAGCAAUGGUGCUACUCACAAUUAUCAUCACGUGCAGCAGCAGCAGCAACAUCAUCAUGCGCAACUACAAGGUGACGGUGGUUACGGGCAGCAUCCUCAGCAACAGCGAUACAACGGUCAACAGCAGCAGCAAUACGCACAACAGCAAUACCAGUAUAACAAUGGCAAUGUCAAUAACGGCGGCGGUGGCGGUGGUAUCGGAAAGAUUGCUGACUAUGAUCCUCUCACUGAUGGGCCUCGGAAUAUCCCACAACCAAAUCGACAGAGUGCGACACUGAUCUACAGUUCUGGAAACAUGACCGCAAAUAACAAUCGAAAAGUCGGUUCCGUGAACGAAAUUGACCCGGUAAAUGGUUACUAUGGCUCGAUUUCAGAGACUCAACAGCAAAAUGUGUACCAUCAGCAGCAGCAGCAGCAGCAAGCUCAUCAACAUCACCAGCAACAGCAGCAACUCUAUCAGCAACAGCAGCUCAUGAGACAAGCACACCUUCAGCAGCAGCAGCAGCUUCAGCAACAGCAACAAAAACAGUCACAAUUUAUUCAACCACCUCAGCAAUACGGCGGUGCGCAGACGGCGAUUCCAGCCUCGAAAUCAAUGGGAAAAGUUCGCGUCUAUCGAGCACUGUACGACUACGAGGCCCAGGAUAGUGACGAAGUUGGCUUCACCGAGGGCGAUCUUAUUAUCGAGGUGAAUUCGAUCGACUCCGGCUGGAUGACGGGUCGCGUCGAACGGACAGGGCUCACGGGAAUGCUGCCAGCAAACUACGUCGAGCUGGUGAAGAUAUAAGUUAACAUUCCUCCGAGGUUUCGGCGAUCAAACCCAUUUCACGCGAAGUGAAGGGUAAGUGAAGCAGCUGUGGAAGCGGAACGUGAGGAAUACAUUACCAAUAUUAGUUUUCUUCUUUAAUGUAUAAAGAAAAUGAGCUAAUUUAAAUCACUAUCAACUACUUUACGAUAAAAUAGUGGAAAAUUGUAAAGAGAAACAGAGCGUAUGUUUUUAAUUUUAUUUUCUUGUUAUUACUUUGAUAUUCGUGUUAUUAUCUUAACUUUUGAAAUAGAGGAGAGUCCUUCAGCAAAUGGUGCUGAUCGGAAGCGUAGCGAUGAAUUUUGUAGUUGUGAAAAAAAUCUAAUUUUCUAAUAGCAUUUACUGUAAACUGUAAACAUUCGCAGCUAUAUCUGUUUUCUUACAUCAUUCACGUAUGAAUCGCGUUGUGUAUAAAUGAACUUGUUCAGAACAGAAUAAUCGACUGGUGUGACUCACAGAAGACUAAGUAGAAUUGUGCCUUUGUUCAGUAAUAUACGAACCCCCCACUUUUGAAACAAUUUUGGAUGCAAUUUUUAUAAUAGCUGUAAGAAUUUUUUGCAAAAAAAGAAAUGUAAUCAAAAAAAAAUUCUACAAAAUGAGCUUCCGUUUGUUGUAGAGAUUCUGUGAUAAAUGGAUAGGUACAGUAAACAUUCACUAACUGGGCGAAAAGGGAAGACCACUUAUCGACAUUCGCGUUUUAACUGGUCCGGCAUGUUAAACGUCAAAUAAAAUCGAGGGAAACUUCAAUGAAUUGUUUGAUUCGUAUUGUUCCUGUAAUUGGAUAAACAAAAGGAUUCCAAUGGAAGUUUCGCAUUGAGUGCAACAACAGGUAUGACAUAUGAUUUGAGAAAAUUAUUUUUCUGUAGUUUAAUCAAUGUUUUUGUCGUGCGAAUUAAUGUCAAUUUUCAUAACAUUUAAAAUUACAUUCGAAUGCCCCUCACAGCAAAUCUUCCAUUUGAAUAUGGCGUCGAUUGUUUACGAAAUUCUGCUUUUUAACUGGUCCAAAAACCAGUUAACGUUCGCCCAGUUAAACAGCAGACCAGUUAAACCACGACCAGUUAGCGAACGAUUACUGUAUUCAGCAGAUCCUUUCGAUUUUCGUGUUUUUUUUCAUUAAAUGACAAUUGGCACAGCUUUAACUGCCGAUCGAAAACCGUUUAUACGGUUGAGUUUCGAUAGUUCUUUUUUCAACAGAUUAUUAAUCCCCGCAAGAAUAAUAAUAAUAAUAACAACACGUACCACAACAGCAUGAUGAAGAAAAGGUAGCAGAAAAUAUGAACACUACGUAUUAGUUGUAGAUUGUGAACACGCAAUUUUUUCUACAAACAUUUACACAAGCCUAUAUAUAUAUACAUUACUCCUUUCAAACAAAUUAAUUUAUAAAAACGAACCCAAGUCAACAAGCAACACAUAUACAAGUGCUAUUGUUAAAUAAAAAAAUGUUAUGACACUAAAUAUAGUGAUGUGUAAAGGAAAGCAAAGAGCGGAAAUCAAAUUUUAAAAAUA